UGCUCGAUUGAUUUUGUAAAUGCCUCCUUUUAUACCUUCUCUAACAACUUUUUGUUGACAUAGAAAUCCUGGUAUUGUUGACACGUGACUCGUUAUUUAUCAGCUUGUGCAACACAAUAGCAUCAAAACAGAGAAGCAAGCAAGCACGUCAGAAAUUCAUAGGAAACACAUUCUUUGACGUAUUACAAGAACAAGAGAAAACAAAAGGUUUUGGUCUUCAAAAAUUUCCUGACGGUUUCCAAAAAUUGUUAAAGGCUAUUUUUUGACACAUCGAAGAAAGCUCGAUCCAUUAGGUUACUUAUUUUCUUGCAUGUAAGUUUCCUUCAAGGAAUGUAUGCCAUGAUGGCAACUCAAAGGUUUCCCUCCAGUUUUCUUCUAACUGGAUUGAUGGCAUUUCUUCUGAUGAUUUCGAAUGUGACAUUUGCUGAUACAACCGUUGCCACAAAACAGGGUCUUCCCCUCUACAGACCAAAUGAAACCACAGCAGAGGCAUUUAUGAUACUAGAAACUAAAGUUUCAUUUCUUGAAGAAUCUAUUGGAGAAACAAUCAAGAGAAAUGAUUUUUCAGCAAGUUUAAAGGAAAUUUCAUUGCCAGAACUGGAUGCAUUGAGGGAAAAGCUGGUGACCUCUGGAUGCAAAAAUAUGGACAUCAUCCCGAUGAGACUGAACAAAGCCAAUGCUAUCUGUGUAUUGCCAAAAGGAUUUUGUAAACAAAGAAAUCUCUUCUCGAAUUUCAUUCAUGAUUUAAAUGAUGUUGAUGAGAAGCUUCUUCCUUACUUAGUUUGUUUCGUUGAACUUGAUGACAGAGUGAACCAGAGUAUACUGAAAAGGAUAUCGAAUGCUGACGAACAAAAAACCAAUGCAAUCCUACAAAAAGUUGACAACGAAAUACCAAGUGACACAAGAGAAAGGAUGAAAAGUUUUCUCAAAAUGUUACCCCAAAGCUUCAUUUUAAAUUCUGAUGUUUUGAUUAAAAGACAAAAUUCAAAUAGGUCCUCUAAUACUUCGACUCCAAGACGAAAUUCAAAUAGGCCCAUUAGAACUGUGACUCCUUCAGAUGUUUGGGUUACAAGACGAAAUUCAAAUAGGUCCUCUAAUACUUCGACUCCAAGACGAAAUUCAAAUAGGCCCUUUAGAACUGUGACUCCUUCAGAUGUUUGGGUUACAAGACGAAAUUCAAAUAGGUCCUCUAAUACUUCGACUCCAAGACGAAAUUCAAAUAGGCCCUUUAGAACUGUGACUCCUUCAGAUGUUUGGGUUACAAGACGAAAUUCAAAUAGGUCCUCUAAUACUUCGACUCCAAGACGAAAUUCAAAUAGGCCCUUUAGAACUGUGACUCCUUCAGAUGUUUGGGUUACAAGACGAAAUUCAAAUAGGUCCCCUAAUACUUCAACUCCAAGACGAAAUUCAAAUAGGCCCUUUAGAACUGUGACUCCUUCAGAUGUUUGGGUUACAAGACGAAAUUCAAAUAGGCCCUUUAGAACUGUGACUCCUUCAGAUGUUUGGGUUACAAGACGAAAUUCAAAUAGGCCCUUUAGAACUGUAACUCCAAUGAAUAAACGAGGAACCCGAAAACCAAAAAAGGAUUCCAAAAAGAAAUCAAAAUGGGAAUUGUUAAAGAACUUUUUGAGUGAUGAUGAUGUAACAGCAUUACCUGAUCUAUCCUUCUUCAACGAAGUGCCUUUCCAGCGACUCUUGAAAAUACCAAGCAAAAAAUUAUGCAGUUUACUACCAAACCUUCCGGCUUUGAAUUUAACCAAUGUAAAAAAAAUUAUUAUUUACAAGAAAUGCCAAGAAGAUCUACGGAAAAUUGCAUCUACAGUUCCCAAGAGACUUGGCAAACUGCUUUCUUUAUUGAAAACAAAAGACAUUAUCACCUUAAAAAAUGAUCAGUUACAGAAUUUGGCAGUUGCAAUGUGUCAGUUUGAGAGUUUAGUGAAUACUAAAAUGGAAAGGUUACUUGCUAAAAUGGUCCUCCCAGUUAGAGAGUUUAAAAGAGAAGAAAACCAAACCAAAUUCAUAAAGGAAGCAUCCUGUCUUCUAAAAUAUAUCAAACCUAGUGUUCUGAGACAAAUUAAAUUGUCUGGUGAAAACAAGAAAUUUUUCUGUAAAAUGAUUGGUGCCAGUCAUUUAAAUAAACUUCCUGAAGGAGAAGCUAGAAAUUUGACAAAAUAUUGCAUGAAGGAAGUUUUACGAAACAAAAUGGAGCUGUCGGAGCUUGGCAAUCUUCUGAAUUAUGUCAUACUUAGUGACAUUCGUAAUGUAACCGAAAGCCGGCUGUUAUCUUGGGCUUCUGUUCUACAGCAUUUUUUGGAUGAUGAUGAAGAAAUACAAUACACUGGAAGGAAACUCAAUAAAAUAUAUAAGGAUAGACUUUCAGAUAUGACAGCAGAGGAUCUGGAAAAAGUUGGUGUUCUCGUUGGAUCAUGGGAUUCGAAAGACAGGAGAAAAAUUCCAAGUGAUAGUUGGGCUCAGUCUUUGCAGUCAUUUGUAUCAACCUGCCAGAAAAUGGAGAUUGAAAACAACAACAACUUUAAAUUUUGUUAUAAAAUCAUACCCUUCGUGCUUAAAACUCGAGACCAGACACAGUUUAGAAGCAAUGAUGCAUUCAGUCGAAUAAAGCGAGAAACUCGUACUCAGAAACCAGCUCCGUUAACCUGCAGGAAUAUAACUGAAAUUAAAUCACUUGUUAAAACCCUUACAGUUGAACAAAUUAUGUCUAUAUCCAAAGAAGAAUUUGUAAAAUGCAUACAGGUUUUUGGGAAGGUUACUAAUUAUACAUCUGAACAACUUCAGAGUUUGAUGGCUCUUGUAAACAUGACAUUUGGUCCUGCAAAGAACUGGUCUGCAGAAAACAUAACAGAGCUUGGUACACUCCUUACAGGGUUAUCUUUGAAUCAGAUUAAAUCUAUGAAUUUUUCUAAUGCAAACAUAGUUGAAAACUUAGGAAAGUUUCCUGGAUUCAUGAAACACCAAUUAACUCACUUGUUUGGAAAUUGGUUGAACACUACUAAGUUACAAAAUAUUUUAAAUAUAAAACUAAAUGAUAUUCAAUUGGUUGGAAAUCUGUUGUGUGGGAUUGGUAAAGCUGAUCUGGAAAAACUCAGUCCUCAAAUCAUCAUGGAGGCAAUUGAAGACAUUGGUAAGCUAGAUUCCUGUAAUAUUUCUGAACAACGAAUGCUGCUUGAUAAAGUUCUUGCUUCUAUACACAAUACGAAUUCACAGUGGUCACCAGAACUUCUAACAGGCCUUGGCCCUCUGAUUCGUUUAUUGAAUGAAACUACACUAGAAAAACUUACUAUGUCAGAUUUACAGAAUGUGAGCUCUGAGUUGAUUGCUCAAAUUCCUGCCAUACAGGCUGCUGCAGUUAAAGAGAUAAUAAUUCCUCAAUUGAACAGCUUAGUCAAUGUGUCAGAAGUGAAGAUGCUGGUAACAAUAUUGUGUGAGACUAAAAAUGUAACUAGCCUGAAAUCUUUAACGGGUGCUAUUCAGAAUUUGACACAGAAUAAUUUAACAUGUACCACCAAAGAGCGGGAUAUGUUCUUGAAAAAGCUUCUGAAUUCUUCAUCUGCAAGUGUUACAGACAUUUUCAAACAAAUAAUUAAGAAUGUCAGUUCUUUUAUCGUAAAACCUCCUGAGAGCAGCUUGGCAAAGUUUACCCAAGACCAAAUCACUAAUAUCAUUGAUGUUGUUAUGCAGAAAAUUCCAACUAUGCAUCUGGAUGCAUUUUUUAACAAAUGGCUCAAAGAUCAGACGAUACGUACUAAGGAGCCAACACCUCUGGAUCAGGAAAUGCUUGCAUUCCUUGCCUGCGGUCUUGGUUUUGAUCCUGAAAGAAUUGAUGAAAUUGAUGGUAAUUUUAUCUGGAAAGCAUUGAAUUCUGAGGAAAUUAGUUUCUCGUGUACAGCAGAUGAACAGAAACAGUGGUUGAUGAAAAACUUCAAGUCUGCAACUGAUAUGCUUCAAACUCUGGCAAAAAGUAAUGGUAUCGAAAUUGACUCUAUAAUGGGAAUAAUAAAAAAAAUAGACUUUCCAAAUUCAACAAGUCUACUAUAUUUGGAGAAGGAAUUGAUGGAAAUUACAAAUUUUUUACAAACCAGUCCAGAGUUGAAAGAAUUAAUGAUGGGUGUAAUGAAUGCUACUAAAACAUAUUUUGGAAAUGCAUCAGUGCUUGCAGUUGCAUCAACCCUAUGUCACAUAAACAUUACUGACAUUACAAAGAUUAAUGGAAACUUACUGAGGGAAUUUUUCGCAGGUCAAUACAAACAAUGUUCCCCAAGUGAAGAAAAAGCUUGGUUUAUGGCACUAUUAAAUUCUACUAUGCAUAAACUCGUAGAAAUGAAUGAUGAGCAGUUACAAACCUUGAUGACAAACCUAGGGCAACUCAAUGUUUCAGAAAUGUUAAAAGAAUGGAAAUUAUAUGAGACUAUUUCCAGCCUUCCUCUUACAAAUGUCAGUGCCACUUUUGAGAAAUGGCUAAAAGAAUUGAAGUUAUCAAACGUUUCUAUAAAUACAUCUGCCAAACAUAUAUUACUGAGUUUUCUUGCCUGUAACCUUGAACUUGAUGCUAACAAUUUCCACAUAAUGCCAGAAAGCAUCAAAAAAGCUGUUGAAAAAUUUGUACCUGGUGAACCAUGUUCCUCAGAAAAACAGAGAAGUUGGUUGAGUAAGAAUUCCAAUCUACUCAGUAGAGUGGUGACUAAUUUAGUAGGCAUUUUGAAAAAUAUGACUAAUUUUGAAGGAAGAGAUAAACCUGAUAUAGAUGACAAGAAGGAUGGUGAUAGUAGCGGCAAUGGUAAAAAUGGGGAAGACAAUGAUGAUAGUAAUGAUACAAGUGACGAUGAUGGUAAAAAUAAUAGUAGUAAUGGUAAUGUGGUUGAGGAAGAAAAAAUGGAUAAUAAAACAGAAGUCAAGGAUGGUGAUGGUGAUGGUGAUGAUGGUAUGCAAGGAGAUCAAGGGAGAAAUGAUGACAACACAAAUGAUGAAGGAAAUACUGAUAAAAGACCCAAUCCCAUAAUUUCUGGAAGCGGAAGCAGCAAAGAAAGACUUACUGUUAAAGAUGAUUUUCCAUUUUCUGAUGCAAGUCUGAGAAAAGAAGCAGAUGUAGAAUUUAUGAAAAAGUUCUGGAAUUUUGAAAGAUCUCCAGUGUCACAGAAAGAAACUAUGCUUUUGUGGACAGCCACAAAUAACGCCAUUAAAUUAAUGCUGAAAAAUGAUAGAAUUCUGGAUACUUAUCUGGCCAAAGAUAAAUCUCGAGUACUGAAAUUGGCUGCCAAAGUGAACAAGAGAAGUGCAUUUUUGAAUAAAACUGAAAUAGAUGAAAAAUUUUUGUCUGCAGUCAGUUCUGUUGAUUCUGAAUCAGAGGCCCAGACCAUACUGGCAGAAGCAAUGAAAAACAUUGGGAAUAAGAAUAAAAAAGAUUUCAUCAAAUUAGUACCACCAGGAUUAAUUAAAAAAUCAGGAAUGAUGGUUAUUAAAGAAAUGUUUAAUGAAGACACCAAACCUGAAUUAAUUCAGCUCUUCAAACCAAAGACUGAAACAGAGACAGUCACAAGAGCAACAAAGAAAGCAGAAAAAAAGAAAGUGUCUUUAGCAGAAUUGGGGCUUGUAGACAAGGUAAUGGCAGAUGAACCUGAUGACAGCACAAUGAACUUGGUCCUCCGUUCAUCCCUCCUUGCUGUGAUACCAGUAACGCAGCUUGAUAAAUUAUCAGAAGAUGUAUUGUGUAACAAAGACAUUGCAAUAAGUGAAUUAAAGCUGGAUCAGGCUCUGGCAAUGAGUAAGAAGUGUUCCUCAAUGGUAAAAGAGGUUCUCAAGACAGAUCCAGAUAAACUGGGUAUCCUCACAACAAAAGUGACAAAAGAAAUGCUCAACGAGUUAGAUGCAGACAAAACUUCUGAAGUGGUACAAGAAGCAUGUAAAUAUGAACGUGAUCUUAAUAUUGAUGUGGCAAAAUUAUUAUUUUCUGUCUUAAAAGAGAAGAAAGUGAAUGUAAUCAAAGACAGUGAUAAAGCUAGCUGCACAAUAAAAUAUGCUAUAAAUGAAAUCAAGGACCUUGAUGUGAAAUCUGAUUUAGAAGUUGCUAAAAGUGUGUGCAAAAAUCUUGGAAAUAGCAUGAAUGAAAAAAUGUCUGAAGAAUCUGGAAAAAUAUUCAGAAACUUAUGUUUUGAAUUAGUAGUGGAUAAAGAAUUAAGUUUUGAAGAAUUUGGAAAUUUAAUUAAUUUCCUUGAUGUGUCCGAUAUUAAAAAAUUAGAUGAUGAACAACUUCUAGAAGCAGCACAGAUUUUGUCACAAAGUGUACAAGACAAACCUGUUUUUGAAGAAAUCAGCAACAGACUUAAAAAGAUCGACAGCCUCAGCAAUCCUGUCACUCUGACUACAGAUAAUAUCACUCUAAGCAGCAUCUUUAUUGCAGGUCGGGAUGACAUUGAUAAGAUACCAAAGACGAACCUUGAGUCAGCUUCCUUGCUACUAACUGAAGCUAUAAAAACACAGGUGUUGCUGAAGAAAAGCUGCAUAACAGAAACAGGUGACGAAACUGCAUGUUCACAACUAGAUCCAUAUUUGAAAAAGGUUAUUGGAGCUCUGGUGAAUAAACAAGCAAAAAGACGCAGGCGACGAAGGUCAACCACUGCAUGUGACUGUGAACUACCCUCUCAACUGGGCAGUGCAGCGGAAAUGAUAAACCCUGAAUCUUUGAAAGAAAUGCUUUGCAAUGAAAAUUUUCUGACUUGUAUGGAAAAACUCAGUGUGGUAAAAUCCUGGACUACAAAUCAUCAAGCUGUUUUUGCAGAGAAAGCUAAAGUCGCCCUAGGUUCACCCAAAUCUACAAAAUGGUCUGAAUCCGAUUUGAAAUCUGUGGUUCCUGCAAUACCAGGUCUGUCAGUUGAUGAAAUUGGCAGCUUAGAUCUCAACACAUUGGAUCUUGCUUUUGCUUUAGGAAAUCAAAUCACCUGGAAUUCUGAUAAGUUGAAAGCAACGUUUGAUGUGCUUUAUAAAAAGUUACUGAACUCCAGCAACAGUCUUAUCACCAGCCUUGAACUACAAACAUUUCGUAAUCUGCUUUGUGGCAUGAACACUAAUAUUAUUCAAUCAAUAAAAUCUGAGGAAUAUUCAACUGCAGCUCGAGAACUUGGAAACAUUGACUGUUUUACAAAUGAGCAGCACAAACUUUGGGUCCAAAAAGCCAAAGAUGUAUACCAAGAUGUUGACAAGUGGUCAGAUUCAAUAAUUGCAAGCAUGGGAGCUGUGAUUAGUGGUUUAUCAGCAGAAGAUUUACAGAAGCUGACAUCAACACAAAUCACUGCAAUACUUCCAGACACAAUACCAAAGAUUGCAGCUGAAUCUCUGAAGAACUUUCAUCCACACCAGUUCAACUAUCUGACAACAUCCCAAGUUCAGAAAAUAACUGCAGCACAAAGCUCCGAAUUAAACAGUGAACAAAUAGAUAUCAUUAAAGAAAAACUGAAAUACAUCAAUAGCUUACCGGAGAAAAACAAUAGUGAUGGAUCUCGCAGCAAUUUGAACGUCGCAGUUUUAAUCUUCAGUAUCCUGUUGCUCAUUCUAUAUUAAACAUGAAAACUAUUUUUGAACAGCAUAUUAAUAAUUACUAUUUUUAAUAUUGUAUACAUUUUCAGUUCAAAUCUUGCCAAGGUCAACUUUACCCCCUAUGUGUCAAUAAAAUGAAGUGGCAGUUAAGUAGUCCUCUCCCUUUUCUUGGCCUUGUGCAGGUUACAAACUUAUUUACUCAACUCUUUUAAUAAAUAUAUAAUUUCCUGA